GCGCUCGCAGACGGUUGAAUAAAUAAUAGUGACAGGGUUCCGAAAUUAGACAAUCAUCAAUUAUUUUUAGAAACAUCCUCACUGGCCGCUGGAUAUCUCGCGCUACCAUUGUUCAAUGAUUUCGUUCGUUGCGAUUUACAUUCCCAGACAGGAAGAUCUGAUCCCACGUCGCGAGCUCCGUUGGGAAGAAGAAAGCUUCUGUGUGCUUUUGCGCACAACUUCAACUUCAAGGAUCUCCCCGGAGAAACACCCGCGAAUCGAGAGAGUGGGAGAAUGAGAGAGCCAGGAUGCGAAAGCUCCGACCGACAUUGGAAGGAAGGGUUGCUGAUGAGACCAAGUGCUGUCGCAGUUGUAGUGGAGGGUGGUCUUGCUCCUGGUCAAGUUUCCUUGCCGGAGUGUUCUCUGUGGCUCGCGAUUCGCUACAGGGCGCAGUUGUUUGUGUGCGAUCAUUGAUGGAAAUCGCUAGCUUGCAAGGGAGCUUUCGUUGCUGUUCUGCUACAUGGCUCAGCAGUUCGUGCGCGUCCAUUGCGAUAACAAUACCUCGGUUGUCCCUGUACAUAACUACACUACGGUUUUUAACAAUAACAAAAUUUCUGGCUGAAGAAAAGGGGCAGAAAGAAAAAAAAAUCUCAGCCAGAUAUCGUCGCUAGUGGGAGCGUUAGUGUGUUAUAUUUGGAGGAAUUAGUGGAAGAAAGCGGGUGAAUUUUACUAGUUUGGUUUGGAUAAAGUGGAUACGACGGGGACAGCACCCUAGUGUUUAACGAGUGCAAGUGGAAGCAGGAAAAAAAGAAACAAUUCGCAUCCUGGUUAAACCCCAGUUAAGACAUACGCAGCAAAGGAGUGGAAAAGAAGGUCAGCUAGCUCGCGCGAGUAGCAACCCGAUAGACGCCAAGAGAGCGAAAAAAUGUCAUCUAGACGUUAUCCUUGAUAGAAGAAACCGCUCCUUUUUUUAAAAGGUGACUUUUUAAAAAAAGGACGCGUGAUGAAGCCAUCGCAGCCAGCAACGAUGAGGGAGUCCUGCUGCCGCAGCACUAUUUCUACCUAUACUACUACCACCAGAGGCAGCAGCACCAUGGGCACCACCGCCAGGGCAGCAGCUAUCAGCGGCAGUAGCAGCACAUCUGGCCGAGCAGCGUUCCUCGGCUACGGCUCUGGUCGGGUGUUCCCGUUUGCAUUGAUGGGGCUUUUGAUCGCCUCCUUUUGGCUGCCAUUAAACCUAGUUAACGCAGAUUCACUGAAUGCUUCGUUUCUUGACCAAAACUCUAACGGAUCAUCUCUACUAUUUAUAAAUGCCACCACCAACACAACAAUAGCGCACAAGGAUCCCCUCUUUCCCGAAGACUUAUUCACGCUUGAACAACGUCGCAAUGGUGCUGUUGUGUUACACAUCCUUGGCGUGAUUUAUAUGUUUGUUGCACUGGCGAUUGUAUGCGACGAGUUCUUUGUGCCUUCAUUGGACGUGAUCAUUGAGAAACUGGGCAUUACGGAUGACGUAGCCGGUGCGACCUUCAUGGCCGCCGGUGGCAGUGCCCCGGAACUGUUCACCAGUGUGAUCGGUGUGUUCGUUUCGUUCGACGACGUCGGUAUCGGUACGAUCGUCGGUUCCGCCGUGUUUAACAUCCUGUUCGUUAUCGGUAUGUGUGCGUUGUUUUCCAAAACCCUGCUAACACUAACCUGGUGGCCGUUGUUUCGUGAUUGCACGUUUUACAGUGUUAGUCUGCUUACGUUGAUUUAUUUUUUUCGUGAUAACGAAAUCUACUGGUGGGAGGCGCUGGUGCUGUUCAUAAUCUAUAUCGCGUACGCCUUGUUUAUGAAGUUUAACCAGCAAGUGGAGAGAUGUGUGAAGAAAGUUAUCUAUAAAAAUAAGGUGACCAGAGUUCGAAGCACUGAUCAACUUAUGCCUGCAGAAAUUGGCUUGCUAGAAGAGUAUAAACGACCGGGAAAUCGAGAUAACGAGAGUCUGCAGCUGCAAGGUAAUGCAGCUAACUCGUCGGAAACGUCAAUGGCGACGCAGCCGGGCGGCUCGGUGACGUCGAGGGCGGCCUCCGAGAGCCGUUCGGGGCCGCCCGGAUCGAGUAGUGGUAGCGUACCGAUACACCAACAUCCAACCGCAACCGGGGCCAAAUUCCGACACGGUCUGCUGCAGCUGAUGAUCCACACGAUAGACCCAUUGCAUGAUGAUCCCGUUCCAGGUAAAGUCGAUGAAAAAGCGACGCAGCUGCACGCAAUAGCGUCGUUAAAAGUGUUACUGGAUGCCACCAAGCCCCAGCGGGGAGCUGCCACGUCGUCUGCGGCGAAUCAUGUUAAAAUUAAUUUAAGAGAAACCACCUUAGCUAGUGAUCGUCCAAAUGGAAAUAUAGAUACGACAAUUGAUUCGGGUAACGAAUUAGAAGAAGAACCACCUGAGGCAUUAAGCAUGUCUUGGCCAAAGACAACUAGGAAACGAAUAACCUACCUAUUAGUUGCUCCAAUUAUCUUUCCACUGUACUUAACACUUCCUGAUACUAGAACACCAAGGGGCAAAAAGUAUUUCCCGGUAACGUUCAUCGGAUCGAUUGGGUGGAUAGCCGCAUACUCGUAUCUUAUGGUGUGGUGGGCUAACGUUGCUGGUGAUACGGCGAAAAUACCACCGGAGGUGAUGGGACUGACGUUUUUAGCAGCUGGUACCUCAAUUCCCGAUUUGAUCACGUCUGUGAUUGUAGCGCGAAAAGGCUUUGGCGACAUGGCGGUUUCGAGCUCGGUCGGAAGUAACAUUUUCGACGUGACGGUUGGCCUGCCCAUUCCGUGGUUAUUAUACGGCAUCAUCUACGGACAGCCGGUGGAGGUCAACUCGGUCGGCAUGGUGUGCUCGAUCACGAUCCUGUUCUUGAUGUUGGUGUUUGUCAUCAUUUCGAUAGCCUGUUUCCGUUGGCGCAUGAACAAAGGCCUAGGGUUCACCAUGUUUUUGUUAUACUUCGUAUUCGUUGCCAUUUCACUAAUGUUCGAAUACGAUGUGUUGGUGUGUCCGGUUUAAGUAAAAAUACGCUUCAACACGCUAGAGCCAGUGGAUAUAUCGUAUAAGUUAGUGGUUACGUUUACAAACAUAAAAAAUACGAAAAAGACGAAAAAAAACUAAAAUAAAUUAAAAAGACCUAGAGUGUAAAAAAUACAAACCCACAUCAAGCUAGAUAAAUUUUAUCUAGGGAACAGGAUAACAAAAAACUGAGACUUUAGUUAAAUAUAUUAUUAUGUAUAGAUAUAGUGAAGAAUGAUUACUUUAAAAAGCAAAACAACAAUAGUUCAGUAAGCAAAUGAGGUGUAGGUAAGUGAAAUUCAUUCGAUUUAGGAAGCGUUUAGCGAAAAGCGCGUACGGAAUGCAAAAAAAAGAACUCGGUUAUUCCGCUGCAGAGAUGAAUGCAAAUCCCUAAAUGAAACGACAAAAUAAACAACAUAACACAAAAUGAAACUUCUAUUGAAAACACUUAUUUUAGAUUUUUAUCUCCUGUUCUUCAUGCAACUAUAGUAUCGAAUCUAUUAUUAUACAUUUUAAAUUGUAUUCAACCAAAAACCUAUAUUCGAACGAAAUCUUACCUAACAAGAAUACAUCUAGUUAAUAACGAACAACAACAAAACACAACUAAUUAAACCAGUAAAACUGUAUUUAAGCAUACAUCUCUUUCUUCUAAAGGAACAAAUUCUAUAAGGAUCUAUACAUAAACGAAACAAAAUAAAUUUAAGCAACAAUUUUCAAAAACAGAAAUCUAUUACAUGAACUUAAGCAUAACACCUUAGAAAAUUUGAAACAUCAAACCAUCGGUUUAGCUCUUUCCACUUACAUUAAACCAACUGUACACGAUUCAUUAUAGUGCCAUUAUUAUCUAGGGCCGGUACUUAAGUGCAUACUCUGAUGCUUCGAAGAACAUUUGAAUGCAGCACCACACCGAUAUUCAUAGUCAUAUAUUUCCUUUAUAUUCCAAGUAAUACCUACUAUUCAUGACAUGUUGCCGCAAACACUAAAUCUUUCUAACACCCUGUUUCCACCCCCUAUCUAUUCCACUCGUUUCACUGGCUAGGAAAUCCUGGCAUUAAAUAGCAAAGUAGUGAAACAUUGUAGCAACAAAAAUCUUGAUGCGGUUCUCUCUGAACACAUUACGCAUAGUCAUUCCUCCAGCUGUAUCAACCCUACGUCAACAUAUUUGCAUCCAUCAAUAUCAACGGAAAAUUAGUGAUAAAAAAAAACUUCCACGCCAAUCUUGUUGCUUCAUAUUGCAUCACCUAGCAAGUGGCUAGCUUUGAACAACCUGAUGGGUUCUCACACCCACUCUACUCCAUAUGUCAACUCUUGUUUAGGAAGAUGCACAUCACAAGACACGAUUGCGCGCCUAUGCAACACACAUCGCGGGAAAGCGAAGCUACAUGUAAAUCAUAUCAUAUACUCACAAAUGUGCUUUCGCGAGAGGUUUUGCAAAAAUAAAAAUUCAGAAAAAAAAGAACAUACAAAUCUUCUAGUCCUCUCAGUAUAGUGACGCCAAUAUUCGUUGUUUUUGUUCCAAUUUUUUUGUUAAAACUUUCCUUUAAAUUAUUGUACGAUAGUCUGAAGUUUUUUUUUCACUUUACUACCGUGAAAACCUGAACAUGAACAGUAGACGUCGUUCAUAAAAGCGUUUCAUGAAGAGCUUCCCCGAGACAUCAGCUGUCCCAAAGAUGUUCCUCAAAUGACUCCACCCAAGGCCCAUGUUUGAAACGACGUUAGUAUUUAUCAGAGUUAGGACUUAUAGAAAAUAAUACUUCUUGAAAUCUUAAUUAUAGAGGUUUGUCAUCUUGUUGCGACCGAUUUGCGAUCAUCUUGAAAAGUUUGGAAAAAAAUACGCUUGUGUAUGGUUUGUGAACAAUCAUCAAUUGUCCCACCUUCUGUAUUUAUAUACUUGUACUAAAUGUCAAAACGGAAUAACUUUGAGAUUUGCUUGGUAGUGUAAGACCAUAGGGCAUCUUUUUCGGCGGAAAACAGUUCGUUAUGGCAUCUUUUUUUCGAUUUUUUUUAAAUUCUGGUGAAUAACGGAAAAGCAUUUCUCUCCUCCAUAAUUUCACCAUCUUAUCCAACUAGAACAUGAAAUCAACUAAACCUGAAACACAGAUUACACCGGUGCCCAGAGUGUAAACACAUCCAGCUAUAUCCUCCAUUCAUACACCCCCUCCCAGAAAGUCUACCGCAGGCGACAAAUGAAUAUAUAAAGAGGAAAAAUCAAUGAUAAUAAAAUGAAAUGUUAACAAAUUUUUGAAGGGUUUUCUUAUUUUUGUUUUUUAUUGACGAAUAAUGUGGUUAAAAGUAGUGGAUAAAUAUUAAAGAGAUAUAAGUAUAAACCGUAGCUAAAGGCAUGACGUACACCAUGGAUAAAGAAUUGAUGAGCGGUUAUCGAAUUAUAAAACCCAAGACAACACUGCUACCAAACACAAAAGAAACGAAUGAAAGGUAGCACGUAAACAAGAUAAUUUAAAGCGCUAGAAAAAUUGUCAUAGUUUUUAAAAAGUGUGUCAAUUGUUAAGCUUUUCACUAAUUCGAACGAAACUACAUAUCUUCUUCGGUUUUUAAUAUAUCGUUGUUUCUUGACUGUUGUGGGUGUGACUCAACCAAAAUUUCACCAAUAAGUUCACUACUGUUUGUCGAUUUGUUUAUCGUGAAAAUUACAAUGAUUAAAUCGAAAAGAUGAAAAACAUCGAUGGUACUUGUGACUUUCAACCGGAAACACCCAAAUUCCGAUUUGUUGAGGCGGGAUGGCAAUUUGUAAAUACAGAAAUCAACCACAAUAGUAACAAAAAUACAAAAAUAUUACAAUGUUUGAGACUAAGUGGUGAGUGCGUAAAGGUCAUUUAAAAUAGAGAAAAUCGAUUUCUCCCGUCCAUUACACGAACAUUACAAAAACGGAAACCAAUUAGAACGUGAGAGAAACAGACAACCAUGCCUUGGAAUAUCCAAGCCUUGGAAUAGUCGAGAUAUUUUUUUCCAAGUGAACACUACACUUCAAACUUCCUCCUUGGACUGAACUGACACUUUCGAAGAAUGCUCUAUAACACUUGGCUCCUUCUAUCCAAAAUUGCAAAAUUCACACCGUCGAUGUAUGGAUCAUGUUAUAUAUCAAACGACAGAACUAAUUCUUUCCGACGAUGUUCAAUAGUGAUCAUUGCGGAACAUAUGAUUCAAAACGAGAGCGUUUAAUGCUGAACGAAAUCCAGGAGUACCGUGACAGAUAAACAAACAAUUAAGCAAAUAGCAUACAAAAUGAGAUCACACACAUACAGAGAUACAAGCACAAACAAACAAAAUAAUGUGUUGUUAAUGUUUUGAGGGAAAACCAACAAAUAUGCUUACAGUCUGUAGCGAGACUGACAAAAAACGAAUCGUAGAAAAACAAAAUUACCAUACAAAUAUAAAAUGACAUCCGAAUAGGAAACAGGAACAAAAUAACGAAAUCAUAUGAUGGGCAAAUGUAUCAGAAGCGGCUUAACACAGGCGCACACAGGCGCACACAGGCGCACAAAGCAUAUGGAAGCUGAAGUUUGAAAGUUCUCUCGGACUAAAUAUGUGCAUUAAACUUUAGUCGCAUUAUUGCCUAUAUUUUGUAGUUCUAGAGAAAAUGUCUAUGUUUCAUAGGUUAAACAUUUUGCCAAAAAGCUCUUGACAGUCUGAAGUAUUCGACAGAUUGAAAAAAAAUCGGUUAUCGUGAUGAAAACCAGUUUUGCUACAUUGUAAAAUAUGAAUUGUACUGAAAUGUAAAUAACAUCAGUAAUUUUACGAUCGAAAAAAGUUUCAAACAUAGAGGCCUCCUUUGGACAUUUUAGCGUUCAGUUUCGGGCCCAUAUUCUGAAGGUGGGCGUACACUGUUUGCCCGGAGGUCAAAUAUUUGAUAUUUUUUGACAGAUAAGGUUUGAUUUGAUAUUUGUACAAACACUAUUUUGUUUGCCACUCUUCAAUUUUAAACAGUAGUAAACAAUAUCAAACACCGAACAUGGAAAAAAAUCAACUGAAAUAUCCAAGGUAACCUAACCAUGUACCGACAGGUUCGAAGAACAGACUGAAAAAAUAUUUUAGGCAUCCAAUAAUUGAAUAUUUGCUUGUCGUGUUUUGUGUAGAAUAUAUUUGAUCAGUACACGUUGACCAAAUUUUAUCUGUCAAAAAGAGUCAAAUAUUUGGCAUCGGUCAAACAGUGUAUGAGCACCCUGAGCACCACGUUUAUUUGUCAGUAACACGAUCGCUUUCAGAAAGUUUAAGUCCUUGUUUCGUCAACUUGUGUGGCACAUGCAGGAGUUGACAUGUUGUUCUGACGAAGACUAAAAGCGAUUUCAUGUUAUCUGAGGAAUACCUUUCGUUGUUUUUCCAGACGAUUUUUUGAUACUUCUAAUGGAACCACAUAAUGGAACCACAUAAUCCAGGAGACUGUGAGAAAUUUGUGGGGCAUUUUAGAGUAAAUUAAUACCAACUUUUAUCACGAAACCUUCCAAACAAGAAAAUAACAACUGUAUGCAACAUUCGACGAAGUGACAGGAACGAGAUAGUACACAACAAAAUACUACUAAUCAUAUUUGGGUAUAUUCGGGUGGAUAAUGAUAAGGUGAACAAUUUCAUAAAAACGUGUAGAUGAUUCAAAAAUAUCGCUGUUACAAAUUAUAUCAUUUAUUGAGCGCUUUGCGCAACAGGUAUCGGUUGCCCUUAUUGUCAAUCAAACCUUUAACCCUUUCACUACGGUAGUGUCUCCGACGGAGCACGGAGCUACCGCUGAACGAAGGCACUGCGCCGAAAAGUAUGAAUAUCACGCUGGUGUGAUCGAUGUGCAGUAUCACCCUGAUGUCGUCUAAAGACGACGCUCGUACACACAAGACAUGGCGCGAAUGUCGUCUAUAAACGACGCUCGUACACACAAGACAUGGCGCGAAUGUCGUCUAUAAACGACGCUCGUAGUGGAAGGGUUAAUAAAAGAAAGUACUACUGAAGUAAAGUAUUACUAAUUAAGCGAUUAUGAUUCGACAAAUUUCGACGUUUUAUUCGUCCGGAAGUAGUCCGUUCCGAACGAAAAAUGGGUGAUCGCGAGCGGAACGAUGCUCAACGAUGCUGGCAAUUUUCGAAGGGAUCAACUUCGUUGCGUGGACGUUCCGAAUACUCACCUUCCUCGAAGAACACGAGCUAAUCGAGUGAAUCGAAACGUAUAUCGGUCAUGUUGCGAAGUUGAAGGUCGAGGCACCGGACGUGGUAGAGGUGAAAACUCGGAAAGAAAAGGUUUCGGAAAAGUACCAGAAGAGAGACAGAAAGUGCAAGUCGAUGCUUGUAUCUCGAAUACACAACGACCAGCUGCAGCGCCGGCAAGGACGUGAAACCCCCAAGCAGAUGUGGGAUGCUUUGGUGAAAAUAUUCGAACAGAAGAGUGUGGCUAAGCUACUUCAAAUGGAUCGACAACUGCACGAGCUGCGACACACGGCAUGCAUGCGAUGAAGAGCGCGUAGAGCAGCAAAUGGGUUAUGGCAGACUUUUCAGGAGACGUUCCGGUGCUAUCCGUGGUUGACGGAAAGACCAUUGAAGCGACGGUGACAGAUGCAGUUUUCUUCCCGGCGGUCCUUUGUAAUCUAUUCUUGAUCAGUAAUAUCAAAUCUGCAGGCAUAUAACCCGGUCAAAGGAAGAGGUGCCACGCUGCUUCAAGGAAUACGAGGCGAUUUGAUAUGAGGAUUUCCUGUCUGCGUUCGGACAACGGCAGGGAGUACACCAACAAGGAGAUGCGGUCGUUUUGAAACUGUAAAGCAAGAGCAGGAGUUGACCGUGUCAUACUGUCCAGAGCAGAACCGUACCAGCGAGCGAAUGAAUCGAACGUUAGUGGAGGCUCGUUCGAUGGUGUUCGACUUCGGGAUAAGUCGUGAGUUUUGGGGAGGGACGGUAUACACUACUGCAUUCCUGGCGAAUAGAAAUCUUGCUAGCGCCAUUGGUGAGAGUCUGACGCCGUUCGAGAUGUUAGUGGGAAGGAAGCCCACGAAGUUUCAAAACUGCGAGUUUUUGGUUCCGUGGCUUCCUUUCAUAUUCCGAAAGAGGACCGCCAGAAACUCGAGCUGGAAAGAAGUAUUUGUUGGAUAUGGGACAAACGAUUAUAGAAUCUGGAAGGCGUCGAUGCGAAGAAUCGUAACGGUUUAAGAUGCCAUCAUCGGCGAAGGCGAAAAAGUUAUCGAAGCUGAAAAAAGCGAACAAUGAGUUAACACAUUGUGGACCGCUCAAGAGAUUUUUCGUGUUUCGCGUUCCGUCUGUUACGGAUGGCAACCGUAACCGUAAAGUGCAGCAGAAGCUAGAGAGGAAGGCCGAGAGCAAGGUAGUCUCAUCAUCCCGCGCCUUAGAAGGGAGGUCGGAGCAACCAGCCAAACUAUGAACAAGUACAUUUAUGCGGAAGCGUCAGUCUAGGACGGCCGUGUCUGAGCAACAGACAAUCACUCAGGAAGAGCGGCUGACAACAAAUCACUGGAGAUGAACCGGCUAAAGAUAGACGUUGUACCGAAGUCCUCCAACCCUCCCAAAGGCCCCCAGCUGCGACCGAUAGAAAAUUGCUGGGCGAACCACAAACGGAGGACUUACUCCAAUAAUUUUGCGGUCUUACAGAGAUGCAGCCAAGGUCACGAAAUAUCUGAAGAGCAUGCUGACAAAUAUCAUCUCAUCGAUCAUGGCUAAGGUUCCGGUCAACUACCGUAAAGAUGCCUGGCAGGGCGUCGAAUAAUUUUUUUUAGUAGACUUAAUAAAUGUAGCAUUCGAGGAAAAUUUGGUCCAUUGAAUCAUCUUAUGUAGUUUAUUUUUUCAUCGCCAUCCGCCAUCAUUUGUCCUAUUUUUAAUGCAUACAUUACUUGCACUCACAUUUGUGAGUAACAUGAGUAAUUCGUUUCACGAAUCUUGUUCAACUUGUUUUCGUUGUAAAUGUUGUUCUUAAAUAAUAAGCUAUCACUAGACGAUAGUUUGACAUAUUCGCAAGACUUCGUAAUUCAAUGUGAAUGAUUUUAGCGAAAAAAAAUCGCAAGACGAAUUUCGCACGUGGAAAAUAAUAACUAAAUGUAUUUGCAAUGCACCAAUGCUGGGUUAAUACUCGAAUAUGAAAGAUGGUGCAGAUGGUACCAAAAUUUUGUUUGAACGUUUCUUUCUUCAAUUGAAACAGCUUUAGUUAGAAAUGUGAAGAACUAUUUCCUCUAAUCAAAGUUAACAUUUUUUCAAACUUCAAUACACUGAAUACAUGUCACGCUUUUAGUGCUAGAGAACUUCCAACCAUGCUAUAUGUAUCGUGAGCUUUCCGUGUGAGGUUCGUCCCCAUUCAGCGCAGUUAUCGGCAAACAUGCUUUGAAAUUUAUGAGCACCAACUGCAGACAUUACAUACACAGAGUAAACAAAAAAAAACAAAUGAGAAAACCUCGACGCCAUUAUCAUAUGUGAUACUUAGUUUGUGUUUAAUUAAUUAAAAUGAGAUAGAGUAGUUGUUGCCGCAAGUGGCUCUCAUUAAACAACUAAAACAGUUCAGUCAAAUGAAAACACGAAACAAACGCUAAGCUCUGCAGAGCUACAGUAACGACACAGUAGAAAUUAUAGAAAAUUGAACGAACGAAAUGCGGUUCACUCAUACAGUCGUCGCCGUACGUCAUCAUCGACUUAUGAAAUGCCAUUAUAUAUUUGAGGUCACAGUUUUUCGUCGUUGUCAGAUGCAUAAAAAUCAUUACACAUAAGAGGAAGACAAAGAGAAGAAUGGAUUUCGCAUCAAUUGUUUGUCUGGUAUUUUUAUGGAAUAGCUGAAUAGUAAUCAAGGAGUUUUUGUUUAUACGAAAAAAUAAAGACACAAUUUUAACCAUAAAAUGUAUUAAACGUUAAUUGUUAUACACGUUUUUUAUUUAUAUAUUGAAGAAAAAGAAAACAAAAAACUGACAAGAACGGAUAUGUAAAAAAACAAUUAUAUAGAAACGGGAAAAUAAUUUUUAUGGGGAAUAUAAGCAAAACCAAAUAUAUUGUUAUUUAUAGACGAUAAAAGAUUAAAUUUAAUAACUGAAACAGAAAAACAAACGCUUUUAGACUUCCAGUUUAUGACGAAUAAUUCAAGUAAACAAAUAAACAAAACCAGUAUAAGUCAUUCAUACCAAAUGAAUUGAGACACAUUAUUGCAAAAAAAAACAAACUAUUAAAAAAAACAGAAAAUGUAGAUAAAAGGAUAUAAAUUUGUUUAUAAAUUUACCAAGGAUAAUGAAAAAUAAUAGCUAAGUAAGUUGCAUUGUGAAAACAAACAAAAAACACAAGUCACAUACACGCAUGUAAAGUUUUGAACUAAUACUACAGAAUUUAAUGAAUGCAUAAUAAAAUGUAGUGGUAAAUUUAUAAGACAUGCAUAUACUCAACUACAAAAGUAAAUGAUUAUACAGCAACACAAGUACUUGAAACCCGUAAUCGAGUUUGAACCAGAAGCAUUCUCCGAACGAAAGUAAAACGCAAAUUCUCAUAUAAUUAUAUCAAUAAUGAAUAUGAGAUGAAAAAUCUGCAGUGCUGAAUCAUUCAAAAUCAACAAUAUAAACAAUAAACCAGAGAAAGAACACAAACAACAACAUUUUAUGAUCGUGUAUGACGGGUUCAUCGAAAUUGUUGAACGUAGUGAUUUUUUUUUCGUAGCUCGCUCAUACGCAAGAAGCAACCGAUUGAGUUAAAAGAGAUUAAAAACAGUUAAGUGAGCGAUUGAGAGGUUAAUCUGGCCCAUCCUAGCAAAACAACUGCGUGUGAAAUGAAUUGUUAUAAUAAAGAGUAGAGUAAAAAAAAUAAAAACACAGACACUCCCCGAUGCAGUUAACAAAGUGUAGCUUGUUUUGCUUUCUCCUCGCUAGAAAUCUCGAAAUUCAAUGAAUAUAAUUGGCAAGUAAUAAGAAAAACAUUCCACCUGCAACCGCUCACUUACAUUUUAAAAACGAAGCAAUAAGUAAUGUAAUUGAUAACAAAGAAAAAAAUAGUUCUUAAAUUAACUUUGCAUAAAUUGUAGAAGGUUAAAAGUAAACGACAACAGUUUAAUUAACAAACCAACACUCAAACACAGAACAAGUAAAACACUAGCAGUAACAAUUAGUUUUUGUGUACAUUGCAAACAGAGAGCAAACGAUGUAAAAACAAUGUGAUUCUUAUUUUUAUUUUAUCGUGAAAUCAGUUUGUUCGUGGUGAUCAUCAGACUUAGUAAGCAUUCGUAUUUUUUAUUGUUUUAGGACAACAAACAAAAUCCAUACAGAGAAAAAACAUUAACUAUUAGUAUAAAUUCGAAUGCAUGUAUAAAUUUUUAAGAUAGGCAUCAACAAGUAAAACGAGUAUAAAAAAAUGAAGUAACAGAGUUAUAUACUAAAUGAUAUUGAUUGUUGACAAAUGAGAUUGUCUCGCGCAGUAUGUUGCGUUUGCUGUCUCAUUUUUAAUAAAAAUGAAGAAAAUAAAAAAUAAUAAAACUGAUAAAAAAUAAGGAAAAAAAACUUUUUUGUUAACUAUUAUACAUAUAUAGAUUUGAUUUUAUAUAUACCUAUAUAUCAUUCUCAUUACAAAGCAUAUAUAGAAUAUGAAUAAACUGAUUCUAAAGAAGA